CGAGUCCAAAAUUUGCUAUUUUAAGAAACUACGGGGAAAUGAACGAUACUCGUUCCAUUUCUAAACAUUUCUUCUUAUUUUGCUGAAAACUACGAUGGGAUUGUUUGGACAAACCCCGCAGAAAGCACCAAAAGAACAGGUACAAGAAUGGUGCAGAGGCUUGAGGAAAGAAGGUCGUGCUCUUGACAGACAAAUCAGAGCCAUUCAAAGAGAGGAAGAAAAAGCUAAAAGGUCUCUCAAUGAUGCUGCAAAGAAAGGGCACAAGGAUGUUUGUACGAUAUUGGCCAAAGAAAUUAUAAGAUCUAGAAAAGCUGUCAACAAAAUAUAUUCCUCUAAAGCACAGUUGAACUCUGUAGAGAUGAGCAUGAAGAACCAGUUGGCUACAUUGCGAAUGGCUGGUUCCCUAGAAAAGAGUAGUGAGGUGAUGAAAUAUAUGCAGCAACUGGUGAAAGUGCCAGAGAUACAGGCCACAAUGAAUGAAAUGUCUAAAGAAAUGAUGAAGGCUGGUAUAAUUGAAGAGAUGUUAGAAGACACGUUUGAAGUAUUAGAAGAUGAUGAUCUGGAGGAGGCUGCUCAGGAAGAAGUUGAUAAAAUUCUCUUUGAAGUAACAAAAGGUACCCUUGGCCAAGCUGGGCAUGUCUCAGAUACACUACCAGGAGAACAGGAAGGGGCAGCAGCGAUGGUUCCAUCAGAUGAUGAAGGUGAAAUGGAGGACAUGAAGGCUCGACUGGAGGCUUUACGAAGUUAAAUAACUGCACAAGAGAUUCUAUGUAAAGCCUGGAGCUGGGUUGAAAUAACUAGAAAAACUAGCAUCUCAGAAUUUUUUGUACAUGUUUUUUAAGCAUUAUCUUGCCUUUUCUUUUCCUUCUCUCUAUCUAAGCUCUACUCCAUUAAAGAGAAGUCUCGGACACAUUGCAACUGAAUGGCACAAAAUAGCUAACCAGGUUUUAAGUUAAACUAGUUACAUUUAUUUUUUUUAAGAACAAGAAAGGCGACGAGCUUCGUAGCAGUGAAAAAGUUAAGAUUUAAAUCCGUAGAGCACUACGGAGCAGUAAGUUGCAUUUGCUAAGGUAGCAGUGAAAACUGGAGUACAAAGUAAGCGAGUAAGGGUAAUAAAUGAAGUUGAUUUUUCUCUCUACGGUAGCAGAUAAGCUCUUAUCGGAGAAUUCCUUUACAGAAUGCCUUUCCAGAAUGUCUUUCCAGAUUUCUGUGAAAGCAAGACAUUUCUGACUAACAUCGGAGAGCGGAAUCCGAAGGUCUGAGGUUCGAUCCUCAUGGGGACUCAAAAUUUUUUUUUUUUGUCCCACGCUUGUGACAAGACGACUGAGAACUAGAUUCCAGAGCCGUGGGCUGGGUGAUUCUAUUAGUUAAGUCAAAACCAAUAAUUCAGAGCAUAUGGUUCGCUGGAAGGGUUCCUUCUACUAACACAGUGUAGGAAAUCGUAGAAAGUGACCUCAUAUCUUGUUUACUGCCCGCUAGUUCGUACGUUCUUGCCCUUUUUUUGCUUUAAUUCAGCAAGAGAAGUAAACCUUUGUAGCUUUUUCUUGUUUUGGUGAUGAAGGUUUCAAGGUUUCAUGUAAAUAGUUACUUAGUUCACUUGAGUAAAUGUGUAGAACAAAUUAAUUACAGUCGAUUUCACGCAAAAUAUAUUUUAAAAAAUGGAAUUGUUUGAAAUGAUUAAAUUGCUUUACGUGUG